UUCAGGCACCGCAGCAAGGCGCAGAAGCAGAUCGGGCGCGAGCGGGACUCAGGCGGCCACGCCGGCGUCGAUGGAGGGAACCAGUUCCCUUCCACGUCUCUGUAUGUUGGGGAUCUUGAGCCGAACGUGACGGAUGCGCAGUUGUACGAUAUGUUUAGCCAAAUUGGGCAGGUUGUCUCGGUUAGGGUUUGUAGGGAUAUCACGACUCGGCGAUCGCUUGGUUACGCUUAUGUUAAUUAUAGCAAUCCGAUGGAUGCGGCGAGGGCAUUGGAUAUGCUGAACUUUACUCCCCUCAACGGUAAACCUAUCAGAAUAAUGUAUUCAAACCGUGACCCUAGCACACGAAAGAGUGGGGCAGCUAACAUAUUUAUUAAAAACCUGGACAAGUCAAUAGACCACAAAGCCCUGUAUGAUACAUUUUCUGUUUUUGGCAACAUUCUUUCUUGCAAAGUUGCCACUGAGCCAUCUGGCCAGUCGAAAGGCUAUGGGUUUGUUCAAUUUGAGCAAGAGGAGGCAGCGCAAAAUGCUAUCGAGAAGCUAAAUGGCAUGUGUCUGAAUGAGAAAGUGGUCUAUGUUGGUCCCUUUCUUCGGAAGCAGGAACGGGAAAAUACUCCGGAUAAAACAGUUUUUCGUAAUGUAUUUGUUAAAAAUCUGUCAGAAUCUACAACCAAAGAAGAGCUUGAUCAAAUUUUUGGUGAAUAUGGAACGAUUACUAGUUCUGUUGUGAUGACAGAGGGUGAUGGGAAAUCCAAAUGCUUUGGGUUUGUUAAUUUUGAAAACCCAGAGGAUGCUGCUCGAGCUGUUGAGGAACUUAAUGGGAAGAAAUUUGGUGACAAGGAAUGGUAUGUUGGUAAAGCGCAGAAGAAAUCUGAAAGGGAGAGAGAACUAAAAGGCCGAUUUGAGCAGGGUGUUAAGGAGGCUGCUGACAAGUUUCAAGGUGUUAACUUGUACUUGAAGAACUUGGACGAUAGUAUUGGGGAUGAGAAACUUAGGGAAUUGUUCUCUGAGUUCGGGACAAUCACAUCUUGCAAGGUUAUGCGAGAUCCCAAUGGUAUCAGUAGAGGGUCGGGAUUUGUUGCCUUCUCAAAUCCUGAAGAUGCGUCUCGUGCUCUAGCGGAGAUGAAUGGGAAAAUGAUCGGCAGCAAACCUCUGUAUGUAGCAAUUGCACAGCGUAAAGAAGACAGAAGAGCAAGAUUACAGGCACAAUUUUCCCAAAUGCGUCCAGUUUCCAUGCCACCUAAUGUUGCUCCUCGCAUGCCAAUGUAUGCUCCUGGUGCUCCUGGACUUGGACAACAACUAUAUUAUGGCCAAGCUCCUCCAGCACUGAUUCCUCCGCAGCCUGGAUUUGGUUACCAGCAGCAUCUUGUUCCUGGAAUGAGGCCUGGUGGUGCCCCUAUGCCCAAUUUCUUUGUGCCGAUGAUGCAGCAGGGGCAGCAACCCCAACGUCCUGGAGGAAGGCGUGGCGGUGGAGGACCUGUUCAACAGGCACAGCACCCAGGGCCAAUGCUUCCACAGCAGAUGCUUCCUCGGGGCGGUCGUAUGUAUCGUUACCCUACAGGACGCAACAUGCCUGAUGUUCAGAUGUCUGGUGUUGCUGGAGGAAUGCUCUCUGUCCCUUAUGAUAUGGGUGCUAUGCCUCUGAGAGAUGCGCAGCCCAUCCCUAUUGGGACAUUGGCUUCAGCUCUGGCCAAUGCAUCUCCUGAGCAGCAAAGGACGAUGCUAGGGGAGAGUCUGUAUCCACUUGUGGAUCAGCUGGAGCAUGAAUCAGCAGCGAAAGUGACGGGUAUGCUUCUGGAGAUGGACCAGACUGAGGUUCUUCAUCUGCUCGAAUCCCCUGAGGCUCUCAAAGCCAAAGUGGCCGAGGCCAUGGAUGUUCUUCGAACCGUUGCUCAGCAGCAGCAGGCUGGCACCGCGACUGACCAGCUGGCCUCCCUCUCUCUGAAUGAUGGCAUCAUCUCUUGAGUUUAUACAUCAAACAGCAAAAAAAAAAACUUGCUACUUGAUUAAGACUUUUAAGUGUGUUAAAGAGACUUCCCUGCGUGAAUGGUUAUUUUAGGACUUGAUUAGAACUUUUAUUGGAGAUUCUGUGUGUUGGAUUUGAUAUUGCUGCGCUUUUCGGUUUUAGGAUCUGUUUGUUUA